AUGUCACAGAAAGGUCAGAAACAGCCUUCUAAGCCGAUUGAGGGUAAUGUUCGGGCUUCAGGAGCUCAGCAGAGCUCUGUUUCAUCAUCGCAAGCAGCUAGGCCUAGCAGUGGAUUUUCUGCAUCAGAUCUAAAUCGAAUUGUGCUUGAAUAUUUAAACAAAAAGGGCUAUCACAGAACGGAGCAGAUGCUUCGUGCAGAAUCGUCACGGACAUUGACACCUUCAAAUAAGAACUCUGCAGCACUCAAUACGCUACCACCGCCUUCAUCGACGAUUAACCAAGAAGUUGCUACCAACGGUAAGCCUGUUUCAAACCCAUCUUUGCCAUUGAAGAGAGAUGCGAAUAAUAAUAUUAUUCAGCAAUCACGGGUGACACCACAGCAUUACUUUAGGGCGUAUGCGAUGUUAAAAAAUUGGAUAGAUUCAUCCUUAGAUAUGUACAGACCUGAGUUGUCUCGUAUUAUCUAUCCGAUUUUUAUAUAUGUUUUCCUCACACUGGUACACAAAGAUCCUGUGCAAGCACGGCGGUUUUUUGAUAAGUAUUCACAUGAUUUUAAGGCAUUGCAUGGCAGUGAGAUUAACAAACUUUUCAGUGUGAACUCUGUGGACCAUAUUAAGGAAAACGAACUUGCGCAGGGUUUUCAAUCAAACAAAUAUCGUGUGUCUAUUUCGCGUACUACUCUAAACCUACUGUUAUAUUUUCUAAAUGAAAACGAAAGUGUUGGUGGGUCGUUGCUUAUUUCGAUAAUAAAUCAAAACCUUGAACCAAACGCUGUGGACAACAUUACAUCCCAAGAAACACUAACUGACGGAAUUAAAGAUGUGUCUGCUGGCGCUAUUGACGUUGAUAAUCACAAUUCUGUUCCUGUAAAACUAGGACCUUUUCCGAUAGAUCAGGAGUUUACGAAAGAAGUGGAAGUGGAAUUGAAGCGAAAGGACGAGCAAGAAAAUGAACAAAACCCCGAUGAAAACAGAAGAACGCUACUUGAAGAAUACAAAUCUAUGACUGGGCAGGAUUCAAAUAUCCAAGAUCCAAACGUGUACCCGACGGAAUCAACUAGUGUCCAAAAAUCGGAGGAUGGAGAAAUUCCUGAAAAAGUUGAGGAUAAAAGUUCGGAGAAGAGCUCAGCCCCAAACUCAGCAUCUGGUCAAUCCGCUGGCGAGAAGCAGUCUGGACCUGCACCUAGCGUCGCAUCUGCAGCUCUAGCUUCAGUUAAGGCCGCUGCAUCUAGCCCACUAAAUCCUAUGAUGGAAUCCCCACUUAAGGAUGUGUUACCUUUGCCGCCCAAAACAGCAUUAGAUCUCAAAUUAGAAAUUCAAAAAGUUCGUGAGUCUCGUGAUGCCAUUCGACUAGACAAUUUUCAAGUUUCCGCUCCUAGUGUAUGUAUGUAUACAUUUCACAAUACAAAUCGCGACAUGACAUGUCUGCAAUUUAGUGAUGAUUCGCGGUUAUUGGCAGCAGGCUUCCAGGGCAGCUACAUUAGGAUAUGGUCAUUGGAUGGCUCUCAGUUGGUGAGUAAGUUAUCAUCCAAGUCCAAAGGUGAGCCAACCAACAAUGUAACCUUGAUCGGACAUAGCGGGCCAGUGUACUCAUUAUCCUUUAGUCCAGAUAAUAGGUAUCUAGUAUCGGCAUCAGAGGAUAUGACUGUCAGGUUAUGGUCCUUGGAUAGCUUUACAUGUUUGGUGAGUUAUAACGGGCAUAAUCAUCCUGUAUGGGAUGUGAAGUUUUCUCCUCUGGGGCAUUAUUUUGUUACCGGUUCGCACGACCAAACAGCCAGACUAUGGUCGUGUGAUCAUAUUUAUCCACUAAGAAUAUUUGCUGGACAUUUGAAUGAUGUUGACUGUGUAGCAUUUCAUCCUAAUGGUACCUAUGUGCUGACAGGGUCUAGCGACAAAACAUGUCGUAUGUGGGAUAUCCAAACAGGUGAUUCAGUUCGUUUAUUCCUGGGUCAUACUGCGAGCGUGGUUUCUGUUGCAGUUUCUCCAGACGGUAGAUGGUUAACGACUGGUUCAGAAGAUGGUAUUAUCAUAGUUUGGGAUAUCGGAACGGGCAAGAGAAUCAAACAAAUGAGAGGACAUGGUAAGAGUGCAGUCUAUUCCUUAUCAUUUAAUAAAGAAGGUAACAUAUUGGUGAGCGGUGGUGCUGACCAAUCAGUGCGUGUUUGGGACCUGAAAAAGUUUACUAAUGAGCCAGGUCUCGAGCCAGAGCAACAAUACACAGGCUACUCUGGGGAUAUGGAAACCAGUGUUAACCAAGACGUGAAAGAAUAUGGACGGAGGAGAACGGUUUUUCCAACUCAGGACCUUCUAGCAUCAUUCCAUACCAAAAGGACACCUAUUUACACAGUUAAAUUCACCAGAUCCAACCUUGUCCUUGCAGGUGGGGCAUUUGCAGAAUAG